AUGCAGUUCACUAUCCUGUCCAGCCUCAUUGCCUUCGGCACUCUCGUAGCUGCUCAGGCAACAGUUAACAUUGCGACCUUCUCGGAGCCUGGUUGCAGCAAUGGACAAACCUUCAAUGGGUUAAUUCAACAAUUUGUCUGCAACAAUGCUCAAGUGCGAUCUCUGAACAUCCAACCAGGCACGGGCGACUCAAACGGGUGCUUCGUCGAGACGUACCAAGAUUCGAACUGCGGCAUCUACCAGAGUCGCAUUGGUCCUCUCUCUGGAGGUCUCUCAAGCUGCAUCGGCCAGAACAACCCCAACACAGGCGAACCCCAGGAUGCCUUCUCCUUCAGGUUGCUCUGCUAG